CCUCAGCCCGCAGAAAACAGUGAAACCCUCCCAUAGAGGUGAGAGCGUAGAUGUCAUGAGAAAAGCGACCGCACGACCAGAGCGCAACGACCGACGCACCGUCCGACCUCAGCCCGACUCCCUGUGCUCCGGUCUGGGAUGCUUUUAGCGCAGAGACGUCUCCACUCAGGGCCGCCAGUGGACGUCGACGCAGAUCAUCUACACUCUUUUCGUUACUGUUGUUAUUUUUAACCGAGGAUCUUCUUCCCCCCGCAUCCUCCACCCCCCCUUUUUAAGUGUUUAUGUUUGUUUCUUCAUGACUGCUGCUUUGGGAAGCGAGCCUCAGCACCAGCUCCAGCAACGCCAACACCAUGCGAGCCCAAAUCGAAGUCAUACCUUGCAAAAUCUGCGGAGACAAAUCAUCAGGUAUCCACUAUGGAGUCAUUACGUGUGAAGGAUGUAAGGGUUUCUUCAGACGGAGUCAGCAGAACAAUGCAUCCUACUCCUGCCCGCGCCAGAGGAACUGCCUCAUCGACAGAACAAACCGCAACCGCUGCCAACACUGCCGCCUGCAGAAAUGUCUCGCCCUAGGAAUGUCCAGAGAUGCGGUUAAGUUUGGCCGCAUGUCCAAGAAGCAACGUGACAGCCUGUAUGCAGAGGUCCAGAAGCACCAGGCACGACUGCAGGAGCAGCGGCAGCAGCAGACAGGCGAAGCAGAAGCUCUGGCACGUGUUUACUCAUCCAGCCUAACCAACGGACUGUCCACCCUCAACCAUGAGAUUGGGGGCACCUAUGCCAAUGGUCAUGUCAUUGAGCUGCCAAAGGGUGUCCAUGGUAACGGAGGCGGAGUCCCAGGGGGAUACUAUGGGAUGGAUUCCACCCAGCCGUCUCCAGACCAGUCAGGCUUGGACAUGUCGGGUAUGAAGCACAUUAAGCAGGAGCCGGUGUAUGACCUGACGCCAGUGCCCAACCUGUUCAGCUACGGAGGCUACCAGGACAGUCAGCUGGGACCCAAUAAUGUCAGCAUGGGAGAGCUGGACCGUAUUGCUCAGAAUAUCAUCAAGUCCCACUUGGAGACAUGUCAGUACACAACAGAGGAGCUGCAGCAGCUAGCCUGGCAGACACACUCCUACGAAGAGGUCAAGAUGUAUCAGAGCAAGCCCCGGGACGUGCUGUGGCAGCAGUGUGCCAUCCAGAUCACCCAUGCAAUCCAGUACGUGGUGGAGUUUGCCAAGCGCAUCUCAGGGUUCAUGGAACUGUGCCAGAACGACCAGAUCCUCCUGCUCAAGUCAGGUGAGUUCACUGGACUGAUAACGACGGGUCAGGGUCACAGGUCACAGGUCAGACAGUGUAGUUCAAUGUGCUUUUUAGUCUGUACAUCAGCUUCAAUAUCAUCACAAUCUGUCUCCAUGGUUCUUUCAGGUUGUUUGGAGGUAGUUUUGGUGCGGAUGUGCAGGGCGUUCAACCCUCUCAACAACACUGUGCUCUUUGAGGGGAAGUACGGAGGCAUGCAGAUGUUCAAAGCUCUAGGUUGUGAUGACUUAGUGAGUGCAGUGUUUGACUUUGCCAAGAGUUUGUGUUCACUGCAGCUGACAGAGGAGGAGAUCGCUCUGUUCUCAGCAGCUGUACUAAUUUCUACAGAUCGCCCGUGGCUGAUGGAGCCUCGGAAAGUCCAGAAGCUCCAGGAGAAGAUCUACUUUGCUCUGCAGCACAUUAUGCAGAAGAACCACAUGGAUGAAGAUGCACUGGCGAAGCUGAUCAGCCGAAUUCCAACGUUGUCAGCCCUGUGCACACUCCACACCGAGGAGCUCCAGGCCUUCCAGCAGCUCCACCCAGAAACAGUCAACGUCCUCUUCCCUCCACUCUACAAAGAACUCUUCAACCCCGACCCCAACUCUGCCAUGACCAUGCCCAAGUGACUGCCUGUGGUCCCGCUGCAACAAAUGGCAUCAGCAGAGGACCACGAAAAUAAGAAUAUAGCCACGUCUGAUGAGACGACAGCAACUGUGUCGACUAUGUCACCGUCGUGGCAACUACAUAUUCCUGAGCCCCACGAGCCUCAUUUAAGGCUGCGGGGUGAGGAGUCAUCUGCCAGAAACUUACAGUUACCGCCAACAAUACUAGGAAUGUCCAGCACUUAUCCCAUCCCGUUCACCGAUACAGUCUGAAGAAUGUAUAUAUAAAUGAAACGCGCCCCAAGCCACAACUUAAAUGGGGCUUCCUCCCGUCUCCUGAACUGAACUGACUGACCAGAAAUGUACAGACUUUAAAACAUCUAGGAACAAUUUUAAGCUGUCAAUCUUUAAAAAAAAAUGGGUAAGUUAAUUUGUUUUAACUUUGAAAAAAAUCUUUUUGGUUUGUUUGAUUUUUUUUUUUUUUUUUUUUGAUUUUUUUUUUCACGUGAAGAAAUUGUGAAGUUGGAGAAGCUAGACGGGGGAGGGAACUGUGGAUUUAGAGAAGCUAUUGUAGAUAUUCUUCUAGUGCAGAGCGGAUUCCAGUAUUACUUCUUGUUCUGUUAAAAUAAGUUAGUCCUAAUUUAAAUAUACAGCAGUCCACUGUGGCUGACUAUACCUUGUCUAUGUGUUUUUAUUUUAUUUGAUAGUUUCUUGUGUACAGAAUUUGUAAAGUUGAGACUUGUAAAAGAAUAUUGGGUAAAACCGGGAGUCGAUUCGGGUUUUGUUGAUAUAUAGAAGCCUUGUCUGGAUUUUGUUCAUAUGUAAAGAAGGUACUACAUCCUUCUCAUAGAAAUGUAAAGAGAGCAUAUGAAGGAUUUAAAAAAAGAAAAUAAUGGCUACUACUUUUCAAGGUGAAGAUAUAUACAUAAAUAUUCUAUUUUGCAAGAAAAAGAAUCUGGCAGAUUUGCCAUCCUAUCAAUCAUGUUUUUUCUCGCUGCAAUAAUUAUGUCCAAUAAAAGCUGGACUGCUUUCGAACAAUCAACCAGAAACAACCAAUCAGAAACUAGGACCUCACAAUAAACCCCGCCUCUUCCCAAUGUCCCCUCACCCUGCCCCGUAUUUCUUAUGUAUUCUGGCCCUGACAUCAGAUUCCAGCAGAAAGAAGUGCGUGGGAAUCACCAUGAAGAAGUGGACAAAACUCCACAAAAAAACUUGAAUUUAUCUCACAACUUUCCAAUCUUCAAAAACCUGUAUGAGUGCCGUGUGUCCUCAUCCCGCCCAUCACUAUUUGCACAACUCAGUCCAUGGAUGUCAAUCACUCCAGACUGUGAAUAUGAAGGAUCCUUUUUCUCUAAAGAGCAAUAACUUUCACACUGCCUUUCUGAUCUUACUUCUCUCCUUUCCUCCUCUUCCUAUUUCCAGCUGUUCAGAACAGGGUAGCAGUUUUAACUAGAAUGCACUAUAUUUGACUCUUGAUCAUUAAUUAUGUCGUAACAAUCAUCUCUAUGGAUGGUACUCGUUCCAUCACGGACUCUGCAGUCUCUUAAAUGUGACACAUUAUGAUCUGGGGUUAGGACAUGACACAGAGCACUGACUGAAAGAUGUGAAAAAAUGCAGAUUAGCCUCCAAUGAUCUUUAACACUUCUAAAGCUGCAAUACUGCAUUGACAAUUCACACACAAAGCUGUGAUAGACAGUAAUGUUUAUGCUUUUUUGUUAAUCAUUCCUUAAUUGUUAGCACUUACAGAUUGUCAUUUUUUGGUUGCUUUCACAACACUAAUGCUAUGUUGACAAGCAUUUGGCCACUGUGUAAAAUCACACAGCUUUUACUGGGCGUGUAUGCCAUCUGUUGUUAUCACUGUUUUUUUGCAAUAUGGCAUUCAGUCACUUUUGUAAAGAGAUUUAUGAUGAGUACUAUGAGCUAUGACACAUCUCUAAUUUCAAACUAAAGAGCUUCCUUUAAAAUGAGCUACUUACCAAAAUAAGUGACCCACUACACAAUAAUAACACAACAUUAAUCAGCUGAUGAUACUUUCACAGUUUGUUACCUGGAUAUAAAUACCUAAAUAAGACAAUUUUUUGAUCUAAGACUUUUACUUUUAAUUACUAUGAUCAGUGGUCUCUGAUCUAGUGUUAUUUAUGCACUAGAAAUAGAGAUCUGUGCUUGCUGUCUGCAAAUGUUCACUGCACAGUGGCUAAAUCUUCAACUUGCUGGUUAUGCAUUUACUAACACUAAAAAACACUUGAACAUUACCAUUUUCAUCCUCACGUUUUCUCCACACAGUGAACAAAACAAUGUUGACAGCAUAGGGAACAAACGUCAAUGUUAAACAUUAGUGACGUACUCACAUCCACCUGAUCCGCUCACAGGAUCCUUCCUUUGACCCCUGACCCGACCCCAGAUCAGAGGCCAGUGACUCUUAAGACAAUCACUUGCUCAUUAAGGCUUGAUGCACUACACAGCAUCUCUCAGGGAGCAGCUCUUUUUCUGACUUUGCAUUAAAAGAGGGUUUAAUAUUUUUGCAAAUUUACAAAAAAAAAAAAAGAAUUAUAAUGACGUUUUAGGAGAAAAAUGGCAUACGCCGCCAACGUAUGCUGGCAAUGGAAUCUGCCCAGACAAGGCUUUGAUAAGUGUGUGUCUGUGUGUAUGUGUGUACAGGGCACGAAUUCACUGUCCAAUUCUCUUUAGAGCCCAGACUAUAUGACAAGCAUUGUUACGUAGCACAUGAAGAAAAAUAUAUAUAUGUAGACACUGUAUGUUGGUGUGCUCUUGUCACCACUGUACUCUCAUAUGUUUACUGCUUAUUUUGCUGCUUUCGGGACAGUGAGGGAUGUCCAGUGGUAAGCUGUGAAUCAAGCACCAUUACAACACCCCUGGGACAGUGAAUUCCAACUCUGAAUAUGAAGUUUUUGUGUGUGAUGUUAUUAUUUUCCCUUGUUAGACUGUGAAUCAGAGGGGUGGGAUGGGGUUAUGAGAGGGGAUGUGCUGGCAAGAACGAGUGGCAACGCAACACUGUAAGUAAGAUACUGUAGCAAUAAGAACUGGAGGCAUUUACUACUGUCAUGUUUGCAUUGUAAGAUUAUUUUUUAUUUUAUUACUAUUUACUAUUAUUAUUGUUCUUAUUAUGACUACUAUUCUUCUAUUACUAUUAGCCUAUUGUUGUUCUGUUCUAUUUGCAUGACGUUUCAUUGCAAUGAAACAUUUGGGGCUUAUUUGUGUUUUCUCUUCUCAUGAUAUUGUGAGUUUCGUGGGAGGGGUUUAUCGGCAAGGUGGGCGAUGGGUUCAGGGUGAAUUCCACAUCAAUUCAGUCAGUUCAAAGCAAAUUCCUUUCACAAGCUGGAAGAACUUUUAAAUAAAAUGCUCUUAUUUAUACACAACCAAGUUAAACUUUGUUGUUCGAUUUGAAAUGAUUUUUUUUUCUCAACCUCUGAAUGUGUGAGUUGGUAUAACCAGUCAGUGAAUGGCCCUUUCUGAACUGGCCUUAUUGAACCGGAUCAGAGACCCUUAACCUGC